AUGAAGUUUUUCACCAUCGGUAGCGUUUCCGCGCUCUUCUGCAUCUUAGGGCCAGUGACAGCCAUGUCAAAUAAAAGUAAACAACAGCCAUUACCAGUGCCCAAGCCGAACCAAGAAUUCACCAUGUCUUGCCAAAAUGGGAACAGUUACGAAAAAUUUCAACUCGUCCUAGCAGUUCAAACAGCCAAACAAGUCAUGGGUCCCAAUAAUACACACAAUGGUUAUCCUUUUAGAUUAAAUUGGCCUCCGUAUGAAAUUCCCGGACAAUUGUGGUAUUAUCCUGUUGCAGAGGGCCAAGGUAUACAAGAUUUCGUUGUAUUCAACACAGACGAUCAGAUAGCGGGCGUAGUUACCCGCCAUGUUUUUAAUGGCCAAGAAAUCUUCAGACCUUGUGAAAUCAUUUAA